AUGCCAGGCGCAGGAAACCCGUCUGCGGCGAUCGAGCGACAACACCUGCGCUUCCACCGCCAAUUGCAGGAGAACUCGCUCGCAAAGGUCAACCCCUUGCGACGGGCGUUGGACAAGGUGGAGGGUGGUUUGGCUGAAGCGGAGCGGGCACUCGAGGAGACGCGAAAGGCUCGCCUUGACCUCCAGGAGCGGGUGGAGAGUGUGCGCCACAGGAAGAGCGAAGCAGCGAUGUUGGGUCCGCAGGUCCGCAAGGAGACACAACGCUUGCUGUUAGUCCUCAAGGAGUCGACACAGGACUGGCUCACCCUCAGGAAUCGCUUGCUCGAAUUGUUCGCCAAGAAGUUUCGCCGUCAGCACGUCGAGCUGGACGAGGCCGACAAGCCUCCGCAGUUCCUCAUGUACCUCACUCCAUCCGAGCGAGACUCCCUGCCGCAGUCAAUCGCCGACCUGCGCGAGCACCCUGUCUUCGAUGGUCUCUUCACGCAUGUCGAAUGCCGCGACGAUCCGGAGCAGGUCGAGGCGGAUUGCCUCUCCGAGCAGAAGGAGCGCUCGCGGAUCCUUUCGGUUUGCGAGCAAGAAGAAGCGUCUGUCAUUCAGGAGAACGACGAUUGGCUCACCGUGCUUUUCCUGACCGAUCCAACUGACGGGCAAUAUCCGGCCCGUACCGGCGUCCACCACCACAGACCGGCGGCUGUUCUGCAAGCUGCGACUCUUCCUCAUGCGCCAUCGCAAGAUGACGAGCUGCGCAUCGAGGUCGGUGAUCGCAUCCAGGUGAUGAGACGCUUCGAGGACGGCUGGAUGUCCGGCUUCAACCUCACGGCGGAGUCUGAGCGGCCAUCUGAGCGAAGCAUCGGGUUCUUCCGCAGCGCGAGCAUCGACAGAGUCUUGAGCCCUUUGGCAGCCAGCACUACGUCGAGUCCCGGUGUCUGCCUCCAAUCCCUUCCUUCACAGCCAGACUUACGACAGAGUCUUCCCGACCAACGGCCGUCACACCCUACGCCUCGCUCCGUCGACUCGACCGCCCACUACCUCAGGUUUCGCGACGUCCUUCACUCGUUCGUCCAGCAACUGGCCACCGAGCACCUUCGGCUCGUCCUCGCCUACGUGCGCUAUAGGCAAGACUGGCGUGAAGUUCUUGCGGGACUCGAUGCCGACAUCCGGCAGAACGACGAGGAAGCGACUCUGCUUCCCAGAAACCAUCGCCGACUUCACCAGGCGGUCGAGGCGGACACAAUUCGCCAUCACCAGCUCUCUCAAAAGCUCGUGUACGAGAUACUUCCGCUCAUCAUUCUCUCCCGUGGACCGUGA